CCCCCAUCCCCCAUUACCACAAACUGACUGACUCACUGACACAGAGCAGAGGAAAUGAGCUGACACUUGACAGUAGCUCGUCCACAGCUACCGUGCAUCACUUCACAGUUUUCCUGUGUGAACAAGUGACUGAAUUCAUUUUAAACGUAGAGAAAAGCAAAAAGAAGAAGGAGCAGCAGCAGAGACAUUAUGGGAGCAUCUUCCUCAGGCUUGUUGGAUGAGGCUAAAAUCAGCCACAUUAAAGGACUUGUUGACAGUAAGUUCCAGAGCUUCAGUGACUUUUACCGUCAGCAGUAUGGCCCGGCCUACUUCGGACACUUACACCAGGAGGUGGAGCCUAAGAAAGAGGGGUGUGGCCUAUUGCUCACACAACGGCCUCGGUACGAUGCAGACGAGGUGCUGUAUCAAGGUAAUGUCAGAUUCUCCUGCUGGUACGAGCAGGGCAAAAAAUGCAGGGAGAGGUACGUCGUCCUGAGGCGAGACUACAGCGUGGAGAUCCAUGACAACGUGGAGUCGUUCAACCACAAAAGUGCUGCUAAGUUGGUUCUUCAGCCAGCAGGGGGCAGUGUCCUGAUCACAGGAGAGGAGUCAAGAACUCACCUCGAGCAAAUUUGUGCCGGCAUACUUAACGGAGCGAAGGACGAGUCGUCUUCUUCGGUGGUGUCAUCUCCAGAUGUGCCAGCUGUGUAUCUGCACCUGCCGUACGCUGGCUACACCUGCUUUCUCUUCCAACAGGAAGAGGAACGAGAUCAUUUCCUGUCUGCGAUCAAGUCCUGCAUUAGACACUGCAACCUCGAUCCGUGGUGUGAGUCGACCCAUGAGAGCCAGGCUUACAUCAGAGCGCUGCGGCUCUACCGACAGGCCAAUGGCUGCUAUGAAUCCUGGGAAAUGUUGCUGGGCACCGAGGAACAGGUUCUGGCCUCCCAGGUGAUGGAGGAGGUGUUGCCAUGGUUACAGAGUCAGCUUCAGUCCAGAGUGAAGGGCAAAAAGGGUGAAAGGAUGCGGCAGUGGUUGGCGACAGUGCACGCCACCUACACAAUGGUGCUCGCACAGCUAACAGCGAGUUUGGACGCUCUAAAGGAGAAGUGUCGUCAGGCCGCACUAGCCGAUCAGACGCUCAUCAGGUCCAACCUGGACCAGAUUGUGUCCUCGCUGUCCUUCCUGGAGGAGAAAGUCAGAGUGUGUAUUUGUGAUGAAGCAGAGGCAGUGUACAGCGAGUCUGUGGCGCCAUACUUGUCCUCCAUCUUUGAAGUCCUGGCAGAGAACAUAAGUGCAGGCAUUCAGGGGAUGCAGCACACCCUGCACACGCAGAUGGACUCGGUCUUCGCGCACGCAAAAGGGACAGAGGAGACAAACAAGGUCUUGCUCACGCUGCGCUCCAUCAGUCUGGAGCCGUGCUACAGGCAGGUGAAGAACCUGACAGAGAUACUCGGGGACUUGCAGCAGAGGUUUGGACUGAGCAGCACCCAGAGGCUGGUUCACUCUGCACAUCUGGAGAUGGAGCAGCUGGCAGACAGUGCUGUGUACACCUUGGAGUUGUUCCUCAAAUCAUCAGCCAAACUGCAGUCUUCUCAAGUUCUUGUCAAGAUGAAGAGAGCUAAAGACAGAGUACUCAAGCAGCUGGACUAUGAUAGCAGACUUGUCCAGAGGAGGCUCUACCAGGAGGCUCUGCUGGAAAUCACUCUGCCUGUUCUUGCCAGAAGGAUGGACAGCAGGUGGAAAAAUGAGCUGCAGCACUUUGAGCAGUACAUUUUCUCUGACUACAGCAGCUUCAUCCUCAUUCAUAACGUCUAUGAUGAUGUACUGAGGAACAUCCUGAGUGCACAGAUAGAAACAGUCAUCCACGACGGUGCAAAUAAGAAGAGCAGCAAUCGCCUGUUGGACAUUUCUGAUUUGGCCAUUAGUGAGUACAGUCUGUUGGGACAGUCGCCUCCAUGCUCUGCACCAGACAGUCCAGCCAAUCAUGAUCGAAAUGCGCCCACAGCCGUGGCCAGUGAAAAACAACAAUCUGCUCCUGAGAUGGAGGGGUGGCCUCAGACAGUCACAGCUCACCCUCAGACUGACCCAGAAACUCACUCCGAAGACAAAUCUGUCCCCAGUUCCACUCAAGGUUCUGACCAGAACAGGGCACCAUUGUCUCCCACGAUUGUAAAACAAGAGUUUGAUAAACCUGCUCAGACUGACCCAGAACUUCACUCCGAAGACAAAUCUGACCACAGCAGCACUCAAGGUAUUGACCAGAACACAGCACCAUUUUCUAAAGUGAUUGUUGUGACACAAGAGUUUGAUAAACCUGCUCAGACUGACCCAGAACUUCAAUCUGAAGACAAAUCUGACCACAGCAGCACUCAAGGUACUAUCCAGAACAUGGCACCUUUGUCUCCCAUGUUUGUUGUGACACAAGAGUCUGAUGAUCUUGCUCAGACUGGUCCAGAUCUUCACUCUGAAGACAAAUCUGACCACAGCACCACUCAAGGUGUUGUCCAGAACAUGGUGCCUUUAUCUAAUGUGAUUGUCGUGACACAAGAGUUUGAGGAACCUGCUCAGACUGGCCCAGAAUUUCACUCUGAAGACAAAUCUGACCCCAGUACCACUGAAGGUGCUGUCCAGAACACAGCACCUUUGUCUCCUGUGAUUUUCGUGACACAAGAGUUUGAUGGUCUUGCUCAGACUGGCCCAGAACUUCACUCUGAAGACAAAUCUGACCCCAGCAGCACUCAAGGUUCUGUCCAGAACACGGCACCUUUGUGUCCCACGAUCGUUGUGACACAAGAGUUUGGUGAAUUUGCAAAUGAGGAGGCUUCUCCCUCAGAGGAACCUAAUAAUAACGUUCAGCCUCGAAGUGACGCACCAUCGAUGACUGACUCGAGCACAGCUGACUCUGAAACACCUGACCUCUCUGCUAUCCCAGAAUCCACCGAUCAUAUCCUACAUUCUCCCUCAUCUUCAGUGUGCUCUCUGCCCUCAUCGCAAUCCAGCGAUCAACAUGCAAAUUCGGACCAAACAUCAGAGGAGGACGCCGCUUCUGUGCAGCCCUUCUGUCCCUCACCACCAUCUGACACAGACAGUUUGACGAAAAUGGGCCUGGAGUCACUCAACGAGAAGAUCAGUUGCGACACCACGGCAACGCAGAUGAUGGCACAAAGGAUGACUGACAGAGCUGUCUACCUGACGGGACAAAUUAGGAACAGCUGGGAAGCGGAGAGGCUAAAAGAGGAGACGCGGAAAGAGACAGAAGCAGAGGACGCGGCUGGCAGGAGAGUAGCUUAUCAAGAGAAAGAUAGUGAGGCUGAGAGAACAACAGAUAAUGUGGGAGGAGCAGAGGAGCAGAAAGAAGAGCCCACGGGAAAAGCACAGGAAGAGGAAGUAGAAGAGCAGCUUGUACAAAAUCCACAGCUGAUGGAAUCCCAGUCAGAAAGUUCUGCUGAGCUGCCACUGGACAGCGUGGCGAUGAUCAGAGAUCUCGUGACGGAGAUCACUGAGGUGGAGAUAAUGGUGAGGCCUUGUCCCGACAGCAGCAACACACACUGACAGUCACAUGAAAAUACUCUUUCUGAUGGGACAGUGAAGAGAGAGAGGGAAAGUAAUCUACACUCUGAAGUUUUUUAAAAUCUGUACCAAACCAUUUCCUUCAACUGCUUUCAUUUGCUUUGUUUCUCUUUUCAGCUCACACCAAACCAUACACUGUAAUUAGUUGUUUUUGUUUCAUUUUUUAGACAAUAGUGAAUUUUCCUUUGCCAUUGUUAUACAGUGUAAUAUGUAACAUUUCUGCAUUAAAAUAUUAAAAACAGCA